AUGCCGGACACGGGAUUUAGUAGCAGCACCAGCCAUUGUAGCAGUAGCAGCCGAACACCGAUUCGGUUGGGCACCAGCAUCACUAGCAGCAGUAGACGAGACACCAAGAUGACCGGCGGCAGGAUCCCGCAAUCCGCUCGCAUGCCCCGCAAGCUCCAGCGACCUUCCGGAAGAUCACUUCUUUCGCGUCGCUUCCUCGCAAACCACCUGUCCGCUAUCGUACCGAUCGUUUUGCUGUUGAUAGCCUUCUGCAGUGAUUUUGCGUAUCUGAGCGGUGAUACUGAUGGUGGGGGAGUGUUGGCCGAUGAAGUGACCACCACCCCGCCCGAGGAAACAUGGACAACGUCCAGCAACGAGAACGUUGGCACUGGAGAGGCGGCUCCAUUCGAUGCGUCAAUCCGUGGUAGCAAAAAGUUUGGUGAUAAAUGCGAGAGCACCACUGAGUGUGGCUUCGCCGGAUCGUUCUGCGAUCCGAAGAAGCAUACAUGUCAGUGUACUGUCGAUUUACCAGCAACCAAUCACAUUGAUAAAUGUGGCAAAACCCCGAUCAAUAAGCCGAUAGAACCGGAAAAGUACAUCGAUCCGGCAAUGAUUGGUGUUCUAGUGGCAAUGGCAGUCAUGUUUAUCAUCAUUUGCGUGGUCCUUCGCUUAUUCAGCAAGUAA